AUGCCGGAAGCUGCUCCUGCAAGCACCGUGGUGACUGUGGACCAGGUUUAUCAAUUAUUGGAGCAAAAAGACCGACUGUUGUCUUUUUCUGGUCCACUGAGUGCGAAAUCAGACAAGGCGGCUGAAAUCAUGGAUCUUUCUGGAAUGCAAGAAGCACGCAGCAAAAUUGCAGAAGCCAAAGGGCGGGAUCAGAUAAUGCUCGUGGACAACUUCAGUUCCAUGGAAGAACAUAAACUCAAGGCCAUGAAGACGGGCAGAGUCAUCAGCUACGUGGCAAAGAUUGCUGACGACAACGGCAUGGAAGUUUUUGCUGCGUCAGAAACUACCAAAAAGCCUCGAACCUGCACCAACUCCACCAAGGUCGAGAAAGCCAUCGGGAAGAUGAAGACUGUAAAAGGGAAAUGCAAUAUGCAAAAAUGCCUCGACGACAUUCUGAAUCGAGUUUUGGUGCCUGGGCAAUUCCGACCGACAAGCAUUUACAUUUAUACUGAUGGAGUCUGGGAGCCAGGUGACGACGGGGUCAAAGUUUUGAUCAGUCGGGCGAUUGACUCCCUUGAUCGUUAUGGAUACAAGUCCUCGGCGCUGAUGUUUCAGUUCGUCAGAUUUGGCAGUGAUGCUACAGGGACAGAGAGGCUGGAUUAUCUCGAUAAUAAGUGCAAGAGAUUGACUUCAACGGAUCAUUACGAUAUUGUUGACGCCAAGCACUGCGACGAGCAUGUUCCGGAUAUUGUUAUUGGAAGCAUUUCGAGGUGGCAUGAUGAGAAGACAUAG